AGCCGCUGUCAUUACACCAGCAGAGCCAAAACAAGCCGAGAGAAGGCAUGAAUACAAUGACAGACAUCGUCAAAGACAUCUCCACGGCCAGCUUUCCCCAACCCGACUCACCUGUCUCCUCAGCACCGGAAAACGGACAGCUGCUGUUCAUCCGCAACGUCGCGUCUCGUCGGGAUACGCAGACCACCAGCGGCAGCGUCAACCUCGAGGGCAGCUCCCAGCCCCUCGUACCCUCAGCCACAGCCGAUCCCCAGUCGUACACCAUGACAUCGGGCGAAUUCAUGCAGUCCACCCCUCUGUUCGUGCAGAGGUCUAAGAAGAACCUGUUUUAUAAGAUCUUAUGCUUCCUCGUGCUCCUUCUCCAGGGCGGCAUGCUGGAUUUCUACCUCAUCAUCUUCACGGACCUCUACUGGUGCUCGUGGAUAGCCACGGAUCUGGUGGUCAUAUCGGGAUGGGGGAUCUUCUUCAUGAAGAACGCCAGGAGCAAGCGGGAACGCGCCUGCGGGUUCCACCAGAAGAGCUCCAUGUUCGGGUGCAACCUCGGGGAGUUCACCUUCGCGUACCUGGCGUGGCUCAUUUACGUGAUCGCAUCCACCCCGAAAGUGGUGCUUGUUUUGGAAACGUCCAUUUUGGAUCUCAUCGCCCUUAAAGUGCCGUUCGGCAUAACCGGUUUCAAGAUAACCAUGUUGCUUUGCGCGCCUUUGCUUUACUGUCUCAUCAAUUCCAUUAUUGAGGAUCCCAACGGUGCCACGCGUUUCCAUUCCCAGGGCUGCUUCAUGAGCACCUGCGUGGACAUCCUGGACAGCUUCGUCCUGGUGGAAAUGCUUCUCAAAAACGAAAUUUCCAACGUGUACCUGAAGUACACGGUCAUAUCGGUGUAUUUCAUCGCGUUGGGCGUUCCGGUUUUAUGGCUUUAUGAGUUGACGGCGUCAGAGAUGAACUGCCGCUGGAUAUGGGCGAGGUUUUUCACCGGCGUGCUGGUCAACGCACCGUUACUGGUGGUCAGAUGUUUUCUCGUUUUCGUUUACAACACGCCCGUGUCGGUUUUCAUGUUCAAAAACGUGCUGUUUUUGGGGUGCAAGUGCCUGGAGAUGAUCGAGCAGUGCGCGUCUCUGAGAGGCAACCGGAGGUUUGCGCGUGGACGCGGUGGCAACGCGGCCCAGUUCUCUCAUUGCGUUUCAGAGAACGACAUGUGUCCUCAUGGUUAUGUGAACACGCUGGCUGUCAAUACUCAGUCGUAGGUGCGAUUUUUAGGAUAGGCCAUGUAGGCUACACCGUGUGUGUGUCACCGCUUUUAAGGGGAGGUACUACAUGCUAAAUUUGAGUUUUCUUCAAAAUGACACCCGGCCAAACAAAAAUAGACUUAUUUUUCUCUAUAUAAACAUAUAUCUACAUAAAUAAAUAGUAGCUAUUUAUUUAAAGCUAUAAAAUUCUAAAUAUACCCAAAUGAGAAAAGUGCACUGAAUACACUUUUAAGUACACUUAGUAAAUGUACUAUUAUUAUGCACUAAUUCAGUCUUUAGUA